CCCCCCCUCCCUCCCACUCCCACUCCCACUUCGCUCUCCGCUGACUUCCCCUACUUAUUCUUACCCAAUCCCGCCUCUGAUCCUUUUCUUCUUUCUUCAAUCUAUCUAAAAAGUUCAUUUUACUCACUUCUAAUCUUCAACUCCCUACCUUCUCACACUCAUCUAUCACAAUGUCUUCCGCCCUCGAACAGCUCAAGGCCACCGGCACCGUCGUCGUUUGCGACUCCGGUGACUUCGCCACCAUUGGCAAGUACAAGCCCCAGGAUGCCACCACCAACCCCUCCCUCAUCCUGGCUGCCUCCAAGAAGCCCGAGUACGCCUCCCUGAUCGACAAGGCCGUCGAGCAGGGUAAGAAGGAGGGUAAGACCGUCGACGAGCAGGUCGACGCCACCCUCGACAACCUCCUCGUCGAGUUCGGCAAGGAGAUCCUCAAGAUCAUUCCCGGCAAGGUCUCCACUGAGGUCGAUGCCCGUUUCUCCUUCGACAAGCAGGCCUCCAUUGACAAGGCUCUGCACCUCAUCAAGCUCUACGAGAAGCAGGGUAUCUCCAAGGACCGUAUCCUGAUCAAGAUCGCCUCCACCUGGGAGGGUAUCAAGGCCGCUGAGGAGCUUCAGUCCAAGCACGGCAUCAACUGCAACCUUACCCUCAUGUUCUCCGAGGUUCAGGCCAUCGCCGCCGCCGAGGCCGGUGCCUACCUCAUCUCCCCCUUCGUUGGCCGUAUCCUCGACUGGUACAAGGCCGCCCACAAGCGCGACUACACCGCCCAGGAGGACCCCGGUGUCAAGUCCGUCCAGAAGAUCUUCAACUACUACAAGAAGUACGGCUACAAGACCAUCGUCAUGGGUGCCUCUUUCCGUAACACCGGUGAGAUCACCGAGCUGGCUGGCUGCGACUACUUGACCAUCUCCCCCAACCUCCUUGAGGACCUCUACAACUCCACCGAGGCCGUCCCCAAGAAGCUCGACGCCGCCGAUGCCGCCAAGCUCGACAUCCCCGAGCGCUCUUACAUCAAGGACGAGGCUCUCUUCCGCUUCGACUUCAACGAGGAGGCCAUGGCCGUCGAGAAGCUCCGCGAGGGUAUCUCCAAGUUCGCCGCCGACGCCGUCACCCUCAAGGACAUCCUCAAGUCCAAGAUCCAGGCAUAAAUGGAAUAACUUGUGUUUUCCGUUUUUCCCCCUGCGUUCUGGUUUUGCUGAUCUAAAUUGUGUGUGGCAGUAUGCAUGCGCGCGCAUUUUCUUUCAAAACUUUUCUUUGUGAUGACCCAUAUAUUAUUCCCACUUGUGUAAAGAAAAAUUUGAUGAUCAUGAUAAUUUGAUGAGUUUCGAAACAGUUCAGCUGGAUUUGGGCUGGGUAGAUACAAAAAUGAUGAUUGUCAUUUAGAGUGAGCGCUUUGGUAAAUUGACUGC